GGCCGCCCAAAUAUCCAGCGCGCAGCGACAACGCCACAUUCUCCUCGCAGAAUCCUGCCGUCGCGAACUCGACUUCACUGACAAUGUCACGUCAGGAAUGUGGUAAGAAGGUACCUUCGCUCGAAGACCUGAGUGCGUCAGACUUGAUGGAGAUGCAGUCUUCCAAGCCCGAGCAAAGUGACACCCGCCAACGGUGCGUUCAUGCCCGUCCCGAUCGUAUCAUUAUAUAUACCGACCGGGACUCAUCGUAUACAGCGCCCGUGAGCAUCUUGAAGGGCUGAUAAAGGCAGCCGAGGUUCAAGCUGAGUGGUGCAACAGCAAUGUCUGCGUCGCGAUCAACCGUCUUCCUCCUGAAGUGCUCCGGGAGAUAUUCGUGACGACCUG